AUGGCUGCAAACACUUCUGCCAACGCUCCUUCGAUGAUGGGAUYGACCAUUGUCAAAUCUCAUGUUGAAAAACCAGAGAAGUUCAAGGGAGAAAACUUCAAAAGAUGGCAACAGAAGAUGAUCUUCUACCUCACCACCUUGAAUCUUGCUCAUCUUAAAGGAGGUAUCCCAACUACUCCGCUAGAAGCAAUCACUCCUGAAACUGAAGCUGCCAAACAAGCAUGGUUGCAUUCAGACUUCCUGUGUUGCAACUACAUUCURAGUUGCCUAGAUGACACCUUGUAUAAUGUCUACUGCAAUGCCUUUGAUAUUUCAAGGCAAUUGUGGGAGGCAUUAGACAAGAAGUAUAAGCUGGAAGAUGCUAGAUUGGUCAUUAAUGAAUCAUUCCAAGUUGCUGCUGUGAUUGAGAAAUUACCUCCUGCUUGGAGAGAAUUCAAAUGUUAUCUCAAACAUAAGCGAAAGAAGUUGUUCAUGGAGAAUCUUACUGUGAAACUCCACAUUGAAGAGGACAACAGAAAGGGAGACAAAGAGCCACGUAAAGUUGAAGCUAAUGUCCAUAUUGCUGAAGCUUCAAGGCGUCAUCCCAAGAAGAAUCAAGUCAAGACAAAGAAUGUGAAUCUUGGGCCAAGGAAUGACGCUAACAAGCGUAUUCGUGCAAUCUGUUGGGUUUGUGGCAAUAGUGGCCAUAUAGCUGCAAAUUGUAGACACAAGAAGGGACAAAGCUCCAACAACUGUCAUGAAAACUGA